AUGCCGUCAAACUCUACUACCGUCCCGGCCAUUCAAAACCACAUUGCCUCCAACACCACAUCUCCAAAACAACAGGCUAACGACAAAGCAGCAAACGGAGCAGCGACGACGGCAACAACAACUAAAGCGAUACCAUCCACAUUCAUCACACUGGCUUCGCAAGACCAGGAACCUGGCGCAGACGACUCGGACGACGAUCCUGUUCCUGACGUAAACACAGGAGGUGGUCGUAAACGCACAGUAACAACAGGAGCAACUCUGACCGGUCCAUACCUCGCCACCUCCACAGUCGGACAACGAUCUCUCUCGACCCCUAAUCUCCAUGCCGACAACAGCCUCAUCAUCUCGCCCGCCAACAGUCCUCCCGGCUCGCCGCGAAUGCCUGCGAUCGCCUCUGUCACAGACUCGACUCAUGUCCCAGCACUGUCUCUCGAUGGGACUUCGUCCAGCACUACCUUGAACGACAAUUUUGUCUUGACCCUUUCACCUUCUGCAUCCCCGGGGCCCUCACCAAUGGCUUCCCCGAUGGCCUCGCCCGACUCUUCACCACGUCUUGCGCCUCGCAAAUCGAUGGGUUCGGUAGCGGGAGUCGCUCCACCAGUUGGCAGGACCAAGAACGGCGAACGACCAAGCAACCGCCAGAGCGGGACUCCUCUACCCUCCACAACAUCGACGCUCAAGCAAAAGACGCCUCCAGUGUCGGACAGCACAAAGACGCUCAAAUCUUCAAAAAACAAGACGAUCAACCGCAGUUCUGUCAUUUCCUUGUUUGACUCGGGAGCAUCCUCCAUGACUCUUCCCACCAACUUUGCCAGGAAGGGAUCCAUUCCUCAGGAUGCGGCUCACACUGGCGCGACAGGUGGACUUGCAGGACUAUUUGUGGCGCAACCCCAGGACCUCACCGGCACACCCUUUAGUUUGACGUUAGCCGAAUUCCGGUUGAACGAUAUCUAUCCCAAGAGACAGCGCCGACUUUUGACUGUCCUUCACCGCAUGGACAACCGCCUGCGAAAGGAGGGGGUCGUCAAAAAGUUGACCAAGGAACAGCUCAAAGGAAAGCCUGACAAGGAGGUGUUGAAGCCGGAUCGCAAGUCUCUGAACAAGGAUUAUGGCAAGAAAGGGCAGGGUGGAUUCAUGGCUCAGAGGAUCCCAGCCUUCCUGCGAUCCAAGAAACUCAAGAAGCGCACGCGUCCAGUGAUUUUGCAUAAUAUCGAGAUGGCGAUUCGGGACAAGAAGCCUGAACUGGCAUUGCAGUACAUCAGCCUGUUACCAUCGAACGCACUGAAGAAGAAGAAGAAAAAGUCGUAUUCGGAUCUCAACCACUGUAUGCUACUGGCGAUGAUUUUCAGGAUGGAGCAGGUCGCUAUUGAGCUGGUCGACCGUGGGUUCCCUUCUGACGUCAACUACCCCAUCAUUGGCAAGGCGCGCGACGAGUACAAGACCAAGCCCGGACGCACCGGACCCUUCGAAUACCCGUCUUACUUUAUCGUCGCCGUUGGCCUCGGCAUGUGCAACCUCGUCAAAUCCAUGAUCAAGACUGCGAACUUGAAUCAAUCGUGGUGUGGGUUGACGCCGUUGUUGUUGGCGACGACGUUGAACGAGUGUACGAAUGCGACAUGCCCGCCACCGACAUUGCCACCCAGCAAGCUGGCCAGCAUGUUAUCGAGAGGCGAACGUGUUCAUCUGGAUAUGUCCUCUCAGACUUUGAUCAGCCAGCUCCCCUCGGCGUUCAACAAAUCGGCCAACACUCAGUUCCGGAUCCCAGGAUACACCCCCACAAGCCCCAACAGCAUUGUCACAACCCUGUUGGAGUAUGGCGCCGAUCCUAACCAAGGGAUCACGUUGCAGCAAUAUCUCUGGGCCAACAAACUCAAGGGCAUGGGGGUGUUGUCGCGUCGGCGCAAGAUUUUAGACCCCAGGAGCGCACCCGGUGAUAACCCGAUCGAGUUUUAUAUUGCAGCGAGACGUCAUGAGAGUGGACGACAAUGGCUCAGUCAUGCCGAGAUCAAGGCCCGCAAGGUUGCCAGGGCACUGGAGGCACAGUCAAUGGGGGGAAAGAAACGGUUCUCACCCGAGAUGCAGGAAUACUGGAAGGGAAAGUCGAUUUUGCCUGUCGAAUUGGCUAUUGCCUCAGGAAACCUGGACUGUGCAAGGACGAUCUUGCAGAGAUUGGGACCCAAUUCCCUUGUGUCCUCAUCGUUUGGGCUGUUGCUGCAGAACGAUGUGAUGUUGACCUUGUCGUUGAUCAAGUCAGGAACGCCCGUCUCGCAGCAUGAUCUUCACGGAUGUACACCUUUGCAUCUGGCGGCGCGGAGGGGCCAUUUGGAAAUGGUGAUGGUCUUGGUUCAGCUUGGAGGCGAUGUCAACAGCCGUGGCGAGCGUCAAUGGACACCCUUGCACGAAUCGAUGAGUCAGAACCACAGCAACAUUUCAUCCUUGUUAAUUGCCUGUGGUGCCGACCUGGAGGCUACCAACGAGGCCGGUGAGACACCUGAGGAUGUUGGACGACGACGCGGACUCUCUCCUGAGGUCAUUGCUGACCACCUCGAUGUGACAAAGGCAAAGAAUUCCAGCGCGGGAUUGCUUGCACACUUGCCGAGUCACUUGUCGACAGCGGUCGCUGAGACGCGGUCUGGAGCGUCGUCCCGUCGUGCCAGUCAUGAACAACUCACGACCAACACUCUAAAGUCUAUGAUAAUGUCCUCUGUCAGCAACAACAACCAUUCUGGUGGCGAGCGGAAUUACAAUAGUAUGGACCAGUCGAGGGUGUCGGGACAUUAUGCAUCAUCUUUGACGUCGUCGUUGGGAGACUUGAGUCAUAAUGGAAGCAGCACUGCAGUCGGGACCAAGUCGCCCUUGUCGAUGUCGCAGGAUUCUUUAUCCCAUCAGGUCAAUGGGCAAGUCGGUCAGGGUGGGAGUGGUGGAAAUAUGCCGUUGGCGCCUAGUUCUACCUUGAGCUCUAUGACGGGGUCGAGGAGUAGUACCAGCAGCGAGAAGAAGAAGAAGGUCCGUGGCUUCUUGAAAAAGAUCUUUAAUUAG